AGUUCAGACUAUUUGUGUGUGCGUUAGGAUCAGAGAGAGAGAGAGAGAGAGAGAGAAGAAGAAGAAGAAGAAGAAGAAGAAGAAGCAGCAUGAACGGUGAGGAAUUGGCGGGCCCCGCCGGCCCAAAGCUCGUCCGCCUGCUAUACUUCCUCGGCGCCGGCUUUAUCUGCGUGGCUUCAAUCAACAAGUGGCGUGAUCUGCAGCGCAAGUCCAUGGUUUUACAACAGCAGCAGCAGCAGCAGCAACAGAACCAGGAAAAUCCCGCAAAUGCCCUCAAAUAGUCUCUCCAGGUUUUUUUUGUUUUUGGUGGGUGCUAGAGCUUUUGAUGUGUAAUUUAUGGUUAGUGAUAAUUGAUGAAGAUGGUGAUGAAAAUUAUUGCCCUUUUCUGUUGAAUCUCUGUUACAUUUGAAAACAAUAUUGUGUACGCUUACCAUGUUAUAAAUAUCCAUUAGGAUUCUUUUUUC